UUGUGGCAUACCUCAAGCUUCAGCUGACCAAUAUAUAAAGGUCUUCUUUAGGUGAAUGUUUAGGUGAACAAAUGACUUAGGCUACCAUAACACCAGUUCGUCAGAAGAUCCAGAAGCCUCACCUGUACAGCUGGAUUCCGCACACUUCAGUGAGAUAAAGGCCAUCAAUGCUCCAUCAUGGUAACCUCCUGUCAAUCAGAAAAUAUAUCAUGUCAGCAACAUCCAAUUCGUAUGUGAUCAUCGACAAAGUAUCAUACAACUGUCCACUCCCUAUCCUUUGUACUCCCAGGAUCUGUAGAUAUUGUGUCUGCCAUAGCCAUUAGAGGAUUGGCAUCUUUGUGACAAGGGAUACCCAAUGAAGGGAUUGCUCAUUAGACUGAGAAAUGUGCAUACAGAAAGUGAGAAGCGUUAAAAUGAGGACCAUGCAUCUUCCAAGGCCAACAUUGUGCAGACUGAUGCAUAACGUAAUGGUUCUGAAUGAGACGACCUACACUGAUAAAGGGGAGAAGCUGGAGAAAGGUCGAUUUGUCAGCUUUCACCAUGCCACGUUCUGGGUAGGAAACGCUAAACAGGCUGCAUCAUAUUACUGCGACAAAUUUGGAUUUGAGUCUGUGGCAUACAAAGGACUGGAAUCGGGGCACCGUGAUAGGGUAUCACAUGUCAUUAGGCAGAAUAAGAUUUUCUUUGUUUUCCAGUCAGCAUUAAAUCCUGGUGAUCAGGAAAUGACCGAUCAUUUAGGGAAACAUGGGGAUGGUGUGAAGGACAUCGCAUUCCAAGUAGAAGACUGUAACUUCCUGGUGAAGAAAGCAAAGGAGCAGGGAGCCAUCAUCAUGAAGGAGCCAUGGAUUGAGGAGGAUAGCUAUGGCAAAGUGAAGUAUGCUGUUCUGAAAACGUAUGGGGAUACAACACACACUUUUGUGGAGUACCUAGGGCCUUACCGUGGCCUCUUCCUACCUGGAUACAUGAAACCUCUCUUCAAGGAUACACUUCUUUCCAAGCUACCCCCUGUGAAUCUGAAUUUCAUUGAUCACAUCGUGGGAAACCAGCCAGAUGAUGAGAUGGUGCCCGUGGUAGAAUGGUACCAGAACUGUCUGAAGUUUCACCGAUACUGGUCAGUGGAUGACAAACAAAUCCACUCCAAUUACAGUUCCUUGCGCUCCAUUGUUGUGGCCAACUAUGAGGAGACCAUCAAAAUGCCCAUCAAUGAGCCAGCAGCUGGAAAGAAAAAAUCCCAAAUCCAGGAGUAUGUAGAUUACAAUGGUGGACCCGGAGUGCAGCACAUUGCUCUCAACACCUCUGAUAUCAUUCAGUCCAUCACAAGUUUAAAAAGCCGUGGCAUGGAGUUCCUGAUGGCACCAGACACCUACUAUGAUCAGCUGAAAGAAAAAUUAAAGACCGCGAAAAUCAAAGUUAAAGAGGACCUUAAGAAGUUACAGGAACUCAAGAUUCUUGUGGAUUUUGACGAGAAGGGCUACCUGCUACAGAUCUUCACCAAACCUGUCCAAGAUAGGCCCACACUCUUCCUGGAGGUCAUACAGAGAUAUAAUCACAAUGGCUUCGGUGCUGGAAACUUCAAAUCAUUGUUUGAAGCGAUUGAAUACGAUCAGGAUGCAAGAGGAAACCUCACUGUUUAUACCGCCGACAGAAAAGAACAGCGAUAUUACUGAAAUAACUGGCCGGAAAAUCACUAAACAUGCUAAGAGGUUCCAUAUUUGUAUCUUCUGUCUUGAAGAACUCUUCGUGUUCUUUAACCUUUCCUUUAUCCUACAGACUCUAGAACAUUCACCUAAGCCUGGUGAUAGCUGAUCAUGGUUUUUAAUUCAUCAUUCUUGCACCAUACCCACAAUCAGAUUAAACAAAAAAAGGAAUUCCCUUCACACGAUGGCUGAAUUUAACACAUGAAAUCACUGUAUUUAAUAAAUGUGGCCACCUACCCAA